GGCAGAUUCUCAACCACUGUGCCACCAGGGAAGCCCUCUAUAAUUUUUUGAGGGUCAUAGUGACCAAGGUGGAAAAACUUUCACCAGAAAAACGUUAAUUAUUAAUAGCAAUUACUUGGAAAGAAUAUAAAAGGAUUCCUCAAUUCUCUCAAAUGAUAGAAUGUACUCUAUAAAGAUUCAUCUGAAAUAAUGAAGACUGUUAGAACCAUAUCUUUUCUUGUCUUCUUCAGCUACAUUAAAUGUCAGACUCUUCAGAGAAGUUUACUAGAUGCAGCCAUGCAGCACACUAAUAGCCAGAAUUAUCUAGAGGAGAACUUAAGAGCUGUCACUAGUAUUAUGGUUGCACAGUUUCUUCAGAAAUUGACUUAUGAAAAAGUACAAACCAUAGUUAAAGAAUUACUAGAUCUUGCAGAGAAGUGCAAGAGCCUCAAGCCACACGAAUCACCUUCAGAAUGUUGUCACCAAUUGAUGACUACCUUCCUAGAGCAUAUUUGCAAUAACCAAGGGUUGGCUGACAGACAUGUAUUUUCUGACUGUUGCAAUACAAAUAAUUCAGCAAGACACAAGUGCUUCCUAUCAUACAAAAAGGAUGUUGCAGGUUACAGUGAUAUAUUCCAAAUUUCAAAUCCUGAGCAGAUCUGUGAGAUGGACAAAGAGAAUCCAGUGCCAGUGAAAGAGAAGUACAUUUAUGAAACUUCUAGGAAACAUCCAUUCUUGUACGGACCCACUAUUCUGACCAUGUCUGCUUGCUACGAAACAGCCGUUCAGUCUUGUUGCCGAGAAGAAAAUAAGACUGAAUGCUUCCAGAUAAAGCUAGAACCCAUCAGAAAAUACGUUAGAGAAAUAUCUUUGAGGCAUCACCACUUAUGUGAGAUUGGGAUUAAAUUCAACCACAAAGUAGCAAAAGCAGUGGAAUUGGUUCUGUUGACUAAAAAACAACCUAGAGCUAACUUUUCUGAAAUUGCCAAAUUGGCCAUGGAUAUUAAAAAUCUGCAUCAGAUCUGUUGUGAAGGAAAUGCAGUAGCGUGUGUGCUUGGCAGAAGCCAGCUUAUGAACUAUACCUGCUCUAAACAGGCUACACUAUCCAGCAAGAUCACUCCAUGCUGUGAACUGCCAGAACCAUUCCGAGGGGAAUGCAUUAUCAACUCAGAAAAUGACAAACCUGAUCUCUCAUCCCUGCCACUUAGCAGGUUUACAGAAGACCAGUUUGUAUGCAAACAAUUCACUGACAAACAAGAUGACAUCCUACAAGAGUUUCUUUAUGAAUAUUCAAGAAGACAUCCAGAGUUGGCAGUUCCAGUGAUUUUAAGAGUGGAUACAGUAUAUCAAAACUUACUGGGAAAAUGCUGUAAAUUAGAAAAUCCUCUGGAAUGCUAUAGUCAUGGGGAAGAGAUGUUUCAAAGAGUGGUUCGUGAAAGCCAUGAGCAUGUGAAAAAUCAGUGUGAUUUACAUGAGAAAUUAGGAGCUAGUAACUUCCAUGACAGGCUCAUAGUCCUUUAUACUAAGAAAGCCCCACAACUAUCUGCUCAGGAGUUGGUUAUAUUCACGAAGAACAUGGCAGCUGCUGCCACCAAAUGUUGCCCACUGAAUGAUGAGCAACAGUUUGCUUGCAUGGAGAACUCGGCAAAGCUAAUUCUUGGAGCUUUAUGCAGAAGACACGAGGCAGAGCCUAUCAAUGCCGGCGUGGGUCACUGCUGUGAUGACUCGUAUGCCUUCAGGAAGCCUUGCUUUGAUGAUCUGCAAGUAGAUGCAACUUACAUUUCUCCACAUUUAUCCUGUGACCAAGUCGUCAACCUUAAUGAGGACUUGUGCAGAGCUCAGGAGGAGGAAUUACAAACCGAAAAGCAAAAACUCCUCAGCAACCUUGUGAAGCAGGAACCAUAUGCAGCAGAGAUGCAGUUCCAAUCAGUUAUUGUGGAUUUUGCUCACCUGGUGGAGAUGUGCUGUCAAGCAGAGAAAAGUGAAAUGUGUCUCCAAGAAGAGUGAGAAGUUGGAACCAAGGACAGUAACAGAAAUAAUAAAACCAUUGAAAAAUAACCUUAUGAAAGGAAGUGAAAGAUUUUGGGGACAUUAAAUACAAAAGUAAGACUGGAAUAUAAAAGCAAUAACCUUAUAUGAAUAGGCUUAGCAAAAAAUAUAGGAAUAUAUGAUCAAAAUAUUUUGGAAUCUUAUCAUCAAGAAUUUCGGUGAGUCUUUGUGCCUCUAUGUUUGUGGAAGAGGUCUAGGUUUGACUGUAAUGCAAAUGAAUAAUACCUAGUGGCUUUGGGAGUCUCCAUGGAACCAAAAUACCAGAAGUGAAGAGGCUUAGCCAAUUAGCAGUCCGUAGAUGUUCCAAGUUAGACUAACUUCUCCAGGGACCUACAUGCAUUUUCUUUGUUUUCUUUUCUGAGAUUAGAAUAGUCAAUUAUGUGAAUCUGUUCUGCCUGUUAAAAGAGAAAGUGGGCAGGUUUGAAGACUGCCUUUCUAGCUAUGGCUAGUGGGAGAGUAAAACAUUUUUAGACAAGAUGGAAGACAUAUUUUGAGAAGUAAACCAGAAUGCAGGAAAAUUCUAAGGAGAAAAAAGUGAACCAAAAUUAAUGUUGGAAUGUUGGUAAGAAUAAGAAUGAAACAAAAAGAAGGAAUAAAAUAAGAAACUCAACCAUACAAGGUGAAUUUGGAUCUUCCAAAGAAAAGGAAUUUCAUAUUUCAUGAAAUAAUAAUGUGAAUUGUAGACUUCAGCAGUUUUAAGGAGAAAACUACUCAGAAAUUCUCUCCUCCAGGUCAGUGGGGAAUGAUAAUUGUAGCCUGAGAUACUUAUCUGUCACCCAACAGAAUAUAACAUAGAAGAAAGUUAACAAGAAUUAGCAGGAAUUUGGGCAGGUUGAAAUGAUGGUUUGAAAAUAAUACAUGAAAUUUAACAAUAAAAAAAGCAGAGUUCUGCUUUUAGUUGUGACUCAACACAAGUUCACGGGGAAAGACUUGCUGGUUUAAGUAGUCUAUGCGUACAACUUGAUGGGUCUACUAUCAAAGCUAUUGCAAUCCUGGGAUGCAUUUCUGGAGAAAAAGCAAGGAUCAGAUUAAGCAAUGUGAUAUCGCAACCACAUGGAUCAGGUCACUCUGGAAUACUGUAUUUAGUUUCUUAUGAUAUAUUACACAAUUUUUGAAAAUUACAUAAGUAAUACAUGAACAUGGCAAGAGUUCAGACAGAAGAGCAGGGUACAUUUCCCAUUCCCAAAAGGUAAGCAAUUUAAGUUUUCACUUUUAGUAUUCCUAGUGAUUACCAUUAUUACCUUAAUAGUUUUUAAAAAUAUUGCUGUCACUUAAAGAAUAUAGUAUACUUACAUUAACUUCGACAAUACUACCAGUAGACUCUCAAUUUUUUUUUUUAGGUAAAGUAUUUUUGUAGUUUUAGCUCUUUUAUUGGUUAUACUCUAUUUCUUGGUCCUUCGACUUCAAUCAGCAUCUAGUGAUUUUCCAAAACAUAAUUAACAUGUCUAAACUUCUUUUGAUUUCUUUGCCAGCUUUCCUUUUUAAAGCUAUACCAUUACUUCCACACUGUCUAGGUUUAUUCAUCCUGCUUUGUAAAUGUAAGGUUUAUAUGCUUUGUCAAUAGGUUGAUCCAAAAACUGGAAGGUAUUAAAUAGUGUUCAAUAGUGUGUUUAACUGUAAUAUUAUUUACAGCUGUACAAUGAAUGGAUUGACCAAUAGUUUAAUGACUUAUCCUGUAUCACUUAAAAAGUGUCAAGAUUAAAUGAAGUCUUUUUUCUUACUUACUAUCAACUGCAGAAAAUACGCCACAUUUAUUUAGUUUUACAUAUUUGGACUAUGAUUUCCUAGUACAUCCUUCUUUUUUGAGAGUUUCUAAUUACCAUUCUUUUUCCAUGUUGACAAAUAAAGCAGCUACUUUCAUCACACCACUAAAUAUAUCACACCGCUAAAUUAUAUCAGGUUCUUAAUCAUACAGUUUUUGUAAUAGAAUAUUCUAUCAUCUUAAAGUUUGAUAAGAUUUGAAACUUAAAGUUUGAUAACAUAUGAAAAGUCCUCUGACUUAAUCUUUCAGUUUGGAUUUAAUUAUUUCUGGGACUGAUUUAUGGCUGUCCACUAAGAGUUUCUUUUUAAGUGUAACUCUGUGUAAAAUUGACUAUUUCUAACAUCCUAUUUUGUGUUUUUUUUCUUGGAUUCUUUUAAGUUUUUUUGGCUACAUUCUUAAGUUAUGUAUGUAUGUAUUUAUGUAUUUUUUCAGAAUGGGACCGGGUGAUAAACUUUUGGGGCCCUUGCAUAUUUAAAUAUUAUUUCUCCCAUAUAUUUACACAGUUAUUUUUUAAGCUGGUAUGUUAGUUGGGGUUCUUUAGUUGUAAAUAAUAGGAUCAAAUUCUGGCUAACCUAAGUAAAAAUUAGUACAUUGAAAGGAUAGUAGUGACUUCAGGAAUCUUUAGGAAGUUUAAAAAAAUGGGCUGAGCAGGAGAUAAGAACCAAAGCAGCUCAGAAAUCAAUGACUUUCUGGUCUUUUACUGCUGGUACUUCUCUAAUGUUACUAUUCUGAGCUUCUUUCUCUGCAUUUUGAUAUGUUGAUUAAUAUCACAUCAAUGACUUUAUUUCUCAGAAGUUCAUUAUAGCUCUUACAUUGAUGGUUUUUUUUUUUCUUUUUAGCAUCAGUAGGCUUUAUUCUUUCUGGUAUAUUGUUACUAUUAUUGAAUUGGGAUUUCAAAAGAGAAGAGAGGUGACCCAUUUUAAAAGGAUCUUGUCAAGUUGUUAUGUCCAGCAGUAUCUAGAAUGUAAAAAGGUUUGAAAAACAUGUCACAGGAUUUGGAGAAAUAGACUAGUAAUGUUUACUCCAAAGUCUUCAGAUGGAUGACAGUUUAGCAGUCUCCUAUACAGACAAUGUACAGGCUGGAAGAAAAUAUUUGCAAACAAUACUACUGACAAGGGAUUAAUUUCUGAAACAUACAAACAGCUCAUAC